CUCUUUUGUUGUGUGUGUGGGUAUUCCCGAAUUAACAGCCCUUCAAUUCCAAACACAACUUUUCACGACUCGAAAUGUCUGCUAGAUUAAUUGCUCAGCUUGUGGUGUCUUUGGGCACUGUUGUUGGUCGCGCAUUUAUUGCAGCAUAUAAACAGGCUGCUGCAAACGCCGCACAAGGUGGUGGUGCUGCAGCUCGAGGUGGUGCCAAAGAAGGGGCUGUUGACGCAUUGACUCGCAAGACUGGCAUGUCAUUGGAAGAGGCUUGCCAGAUUCUCAAUGUCACCAGAGAAGCCGAUCUUGAAAAGAUCGUGAAGAACUAUGAACAUUUGUUCAACGUCAACGAGACGGCAAAAGGUGGCUCAUUCUAUAUCCAAUCCAAGGUUGUCCGGGCAAAGGAAAGAAUUGAAAUGGAACGGGCUGAAGAAGCAAAGAAGAACCAGCAACAGCAGCAACAACAACAAAACGCUUCAUCCGAAAACAACUCCUCUUCUCCAUCAUCAUAAUUGCAUAUACACACACGUACACACUCACAUUCCCCUUGUCACUCUUCACACACAAUAUGCAACCAAAAAGUACACAUACUGAUCAUAUAUAUAAAACCACCAUCCCCACCCCUUUCUUUGUUUUAAAUUUCUUCUUUUGUAAGUAGAUCAUUCA